CAUUUUUCUCUAUCCCAUUUAACUAAAAACCACGUUUGUAUAUCAUCACCACACAACAGUUAGUUACUCACAUAACAUUGCCAUCUGUAUUUUUACUUCAAAAAUCCAAAAAACAAAACAAAAACAAAUUGCCAUCUUAUAAACCACACAAAAACACAUACAACAAAACUCGUUGUCCACAUUGUAUCUUUCAUUCUUUCACCACUAUUGAUAUAGAGACAAUUAUGGUUGUUAUAGACUUAUAGUUGUAACUAACCAAACACAUGUUCCUCCUGCAUGUUUUGUCUCCUAUAAAAACUUGUAGAUCACUUAACCUAACAAAUCAUUCAAACUUCAGACCUACAGUACAUGCAUUGAGCAAAGAUUAUCUAUAAUAUCAUCAAUGGCAUUAUCCGAAGAAACGAUGUCGAAAUACUCAGGACACUUGAUUGCUUACAAAUCUGCUUGUGAAGAACACCCAGAGCUCAAAUCCUUUGAUAACACGCUUCAGCAGCGAACCAUCAAAGUGAUAGACAAGCUCACUGCUGGAGCCGAGACUGGGACUGGGGUGUUGUCUCUACACGACAUACACAUAGAAAUCUCCAAGCACCAACUUGAAGUUAGCCAAGAUGUGGCAAACCUUAUUCUUCAAUGGGAAGGCGAUCUGUGGGAGAACAAUGCUCUAAAAUCUUUGGUCUUGGCCUAUUUUGAUAAUAUCAAGGAGACAUUAAAGAUUUUCGGCGACGUAAUGGAUUGCGUGGAGAAAGCAGAAGAGGGCAAAGAUUACAUUGAAAUAGCCGUGGAAAACUUUGACAAAGAGUCGGCAGAAAAUGAUGUUGGCGAAAAAAAGAAGAGGUAUGAAGAAACUUUGAAGUAUCUAAAGAAGUUUGAAGCCCUUGGAGAUCCUUUCGAUGGCCACAAGCUUACAGCUCAGUUUGAUUUAGUCCAAGAGCAUCAAAAAUCCCUUCUCUUACAAGUGAGUGAGUCUAAGAAAAAGAUUGAUGAAGAACAAACAAACAUUGAUAAGGAGAAAAAAGAUGUUGGAGGGAAAAUCGAGGCGUCGAAAGGAGAAAAACUAUGGGGUGCGCUUAUGAGCGUUGCUGCGGUAUCUGCUAUUUUCAUCGGGCCAAUAGGUCUAAUUGCAUCAGGCGUGGCUACGUCUGUAGGCGUUAAGGUACCUUUAUUUCUACCAGAAGGAUGGCUAAGCGUCGACAGUUUCUUGAAGAAACGGCUGGAUGCUUUGAAUAAACAGCAAGAAGCUCUAAACAAACUGAAAGAAGUGUCACCAUUGGUGGACAAGGGUGUUGUAACUAACAAAGAAUCGAUUAGUAGCGUAGCGCAACUAAUCGACAAUCUAGAGAAAAAAAUCAGUGCUCUUUCGGGAAAAGUUGAUGACGCUAUUGAGGCUGAUGGAAAUGAGGUGGCCACGAAAGUUCACCUCCGGUCAAUCAGAGAAAAAGUGGUUAUACUAACAGACAAACUCAAGGAGCUUGGUGAAACUGUGGAGAAGCAUGACAAACUCAUCAGUGAGGCGAAAUUUAACGUUCUUGAAAAGAUCAACAGUUCUGGAAAAUAUCAUCGCGGUUGAACGUUAUGGAUGUUUAUUGUUCAUCAAGAGUCUAUGUUUUAUGUUUUUUAUGUUUCCUAUGUUUUCUAUGUUUUAAGCACUGUAUUGUACUUUUUUUUAUUUAACGUUUAACCAUCCGAGAGGAUUGGUUGAUAUGUACCUUUCUAUCCUAUAUGUAUUUUAUAAUUCGUCAAAUAAAAUUUGAA